CAAUCGACGUUGUUGUCGCGCUUCAUAUCGCGGACAAAUUCACACCGAGAAUCUAUCUAUCGCUCCUUCAGUUUGAAUUCCUUUCAAGUAUCGGGCUAAUGCAAAUCCAUAGUGAAUAAUGUCGCGACCUUCGCAGAAACACCGGCAUUGUCCAAAACAAUUCUAAACUGAGAGUGCGAAAUCGAAGCGAAAAGUUUAUCGCCCGUAAAUGUCAAAGAGUUUCCCCCGAAAACUGGUCUAUAAAUUGUGUUUAGCUGAUAUUGGAAAGUUUUUGGUUGGUUUAUUUGCAUAGCUAGUGCAGCCAAUCGACUUGAGUUGAAUUUAAGCGCAUAUUUGCGCGUUUUAAAUACCAACAACAAUAGUGACUAUAACUGCAACAGCAGCAGCAACAACAACAACAACAUCAGCAACUGCAACAACAAGUGGAACUAGUACGCAGCAAGGUCUGUGCGUCGCCUUCGUCGUGGUGUCGUCGUCAUGGAGAAUCUUGGCUACAAGGAGGGCAGCACGAAGCCCCGCCGCAUGACACGUUCCAUCAGCGUCGUUACCAAAACCGAAGUGGAGCAGCCGCUCACUGACAACAAUGCGAAUAACCGUUUCAAAUCGAUUCCACCCAAUCUGAUGGUGCGAUGGCGCAACAACACUGACGCCAUGAUCGAAGCCCAGUACCCGACAGCUGGUGAAUUCGAAUACAUGGAGUGUGGACCAUCGCCGCCGGCGGAGAGUGCGCCGAGCAUGUACGACAGCUUUGAGGAGCCGACCAGUGAGCUGAGCGUUCAGAUCUGCAAUGAUACGCUUAGGAUUAGCCUUAUAGACCAAAUGAAGAGUGCCGCCGGCCGUGUCCGCUUGCUGGAGGACAUUGAGCAGGGCAACGUGGUGGCCGAGGGCCUUGCCACACACUUUGAGACCGCCUCAAAGCUGGAGAAGAAUCUCAGCUACUUGUGGGCUGCGUUUCUCAAGCGCUGGGAUUUGCUGGAGGGGUUGCUAAACGCUGGUGCCGAUCUGCACUUUUGCGACCAGAACGGUAUUUCAGCCUUGCAUUUGGGUGCCUUCAGUGGCUGCCUGGCCACCUUGGAUCUGCUGGUGACCAAGGGCAUCAAUGUGAAUCUACAGCCCAAGUGCUACACACCAUUACACUGUGCCGCCUUUGGCAAUGCCGCCGAUGCGGCCAAGUUCCUCAUCAAUAGUGGCGCUCUCAUCACCAAAGACACCACCAAACCCAACUGCGAGGAGAGUCUACUGCACUGUGCCGUGCGCUCAAAUGCACUCGAGUGUCUGCAGCUCUUCAUUGGUGAGGGCGCAGACGUGAACUCGCUGAAGCCCAAUGGCACCAAUGCCAUACACUUGGCUGCCGAUCUGGGGCAUCUGCAGUGCUUGGAGGCGCUGUUGAACGCCCCCAAUGCCGAUGCCAAUGUGCGCAUCUGCAUACGCGAAAAAGAGUCCACGGCUCUGCAUCUGGCGGCCGAUGAGGGCAACGUUGAGUGCGUGGAUCUAUUGCUGGCCAAAGGUGCAGACGCAAAGCUGAAGAAUCAUCGUGGCUUCACGCCACUUCAUCUCGCUGCACGCACCUCCAGCUUGGAGUGCGUCGAGUCGCUACUGCGUAAUGGAAAUGCUGAUGCCAAUGCCGAGGACUUUGAUCAUCGCACGCCGUUGCAUGCGGCCGUGGGGAAAUCAGAGAAUGCCUAUGACAUCAUGGAGACACUGAUACAGUGGGGCGCCAAUGUGAAUCACAAGGAUAUCUAUGGCUUCACAGCACUCCAUUUGGCUGCUCUCGAUGGUCUGGUGCAGUGCGUGGAGAUGCUCAUUUUCCACGGCGCCGAUGUCACCACCAAGUCGAAGAAGGGCACAUCGGCACUAAAUGUGAUCACUCGUAAGACGCCCGCUUCGGUGGCCAUGAUACGCCAGAAACUGGACGCGGCCAUCACAUUGCAUCACUCCCAGGAUCCUGUCAAUCGCGAGGUGGAGCUCGAGCUGGACUUUCGCCAGCUACUGCAGCAUUGCCAUCCACGCGAGAUCAGCUAUCUGAACACGUUCGUGGAUGAGGGUCAGAAGGAGAUACUCGAGCAUCCGCUGUGCUCGUCGUUUCUGUACAUCAAGUGGGGCAAAAUACGCAAGUAUUACAUUGGUCGCCUCAUCUUCUGCUUCAGCUUUGUGCUUUUCCUGACGCUCUACGUGCUGACCGCACUAGCGCACAAUUGUUACAACGGCAGCAAGGAUGACAAUACCACCAUUCAAGCGCAGGAGUUGUGCCAAAAGCAAUCCAUUUUGGGCGACAUGCUGCGCAAUAAUCCGUUUGUCAUGGAAAUGCAAUGGUGGGUGCUGGUGGCCAUCACCAUAGUGGAGAUAUUCCGCAAACUUUACGGCAUCACGGGCUACUCCUCGUUUCGACAUUAUGUGACGCAGGUGGAGAACAUUAUGGAAUGGUUUGUCAUCACCAGCGUCUUUGUCAUCUCGUACAUUUACACCAAGCAGACGUACACGUUCCAGAAUCAUAUUGGUGCCUUUGCCGUCCUGCUCGGCUGGACGAAUCUUAUGCUAAUGAUUGGCCAGCUGCCCGUUUUCGAUGUCUAUGUGGCGAUGUAUACGCGGGUGCAGGGCGAGUUUGCCAAACUGUUUAUGGCAUAUUCGUGUAUGCUGAUUGGUUUUACCAUCAGCUUUUGUGUCAUCUUUCCCUCGUCGUCGUCUUUUGCCAAUCCCUUUAUGGGUUUCAUCACAGUGCUCGUUAUGAUGAUUGGUGAACAGGAUUUAUCGCUGCUGAUCAACGAUCCCGAUGGCAAAGAUCCGCCAUUUUUGCUGGAGGUUAGUGCACAGAUCACCUUCGUGCUGUUUCUGCUGUUCGUCACCAUCAUACUGAUGAAUCUUCUCGUCGGCAUCGCUGUGCACGAUAUCCAGGGCUUGAAGAAAACCGCCGGACUCUCGAAACUAGUGCGACAAACCAAGCUCAUUAGCUACAUUGAGUCUGCGCUCUUUAACGGCUAUUUGCCCACCUGGUUGCGCAAUCUGUUGCACUACACUGCGUUAGUUUCUCCACAGGCAUAUCGGGUGGUGCUGUGCGUCAAGCCAUUGAAUCCCAGCGAGAAACGGCUACCGCGGGACAUUCUCAUGAAGGCCUACGAGGUGGGCAAGAUGCGCAAGCACUUUGGCCACACCAUAUCAUCGAAGAAUCCGGCCGAAAACUAUUUGUCGUACAAGAACAAGUACAACAAUAACAAUGGCUGUGUGUCCACUGCAUAUUCGUUACCAGAUGCGGAUCCGGAUUCCACACAAUUCACCACACUGACUAGUAAAAUCGAUGACAAUGCGGAUCGCAUUGAGUUUCUCACACAGGAGAUUCAGGAGCUGAAGCAGGCGCUGAUAUCGCAGCAGCAGCAAGCCAGCAAAGUGAUUGAUAAGCUGCUCAUCGUCAUAUCCAAUCAACAGAAGCAAAAUCUGCGCAAAUAGCAGAUAGAUUCUCCCAUUGCCAUCUAAACUACAUUACUGAUAUUAUCAAUAACUAUUACGUAUAAUCAAACUAUCAUCUUGAAAUCACCACAAAUGCUACACAAAUUAGUUCUUCAAAUUCUUUAGCCCUUAGACUUGACUUGUGUUGUGUACGAUAUAUUAAUGUUGCUUCCAAGUACCCAGAAAAUUGUUGAUAUUAUGUUCUAGUUAACGUAUUUGAUAUCGAAGCGCUUGGCGCACCCAACGUAUUUAUGCAAUAACUAUACAAGCAUAUAUAUGCUAUAUAAAUAUAAUAAACUAGUUGAUAGGUUAUACUCUAGAGAGGCGAGAAGCUGGCAGGUUUGUUUGUGUCUGGCUUUAGGCUGUGUCUUGUUGUUUGGCGUUGUCGUCGUACGAGAAGCGUUUAAAUGAUAAUUAAAUAUGCAAGUUAUACCUAUGUUUAAUAAUAAACUAUGUCUAUACACCUAUUUGUUAUAUACAUACAUAUAUAU